AUGGUACACAAGCAUGCAUUUGAAGCUUUAGAUCGAACUUUGCAGGAUAUAUUAAGAUUUGUCGAUCCUACAAACUCAAAUAUUCCAUUCGGAGGGAAAGUGGUUGUUUUUGGAGGUGAUUUUAGACAAAUUCUACAUGUUGUUCCGGGUGGCAGUAGACAAAAUAUUGUUAACGCUUCUUUAAGUUCUUCGUAUUUAUGGCAACAGUGCAAAGUCCAUAAAUUAACAAAAAACAUGAGGUUAACUGUUGGAAGAGAAGGUAAUCUUGGUGGUCCGAAUGAUGGUGAAGCAAUUGUUGAUAUUCCAGAAGACAUUCUCAUUAAUGAUCCAUGUGAUCCUAUUCGUUUAUUAAUCAGUUUUGUAUAUCCUUCCAUUCUUGAAAACUUCAACAUUCCGGGUUAUUUUCAAAAAAGAGCAAUACUUGCUCCCAAGAAUGAAGUUGUCCAAGAAAUAAAUGAUCGGUUGCUAAAACUCAUUCUUGGAGAGCAAAAAGAAUAUUUAAGUUCAGAUAGCCUCUGCCAAUCUGAGUUUGUCCAUGAUCAGUUUGAUGCAAAUUUGUACUUAUCUGAUGUUUUAAAUGGUCUUAAACUCUCAGGUAUGCCAAACCAUAAUCUCAUUUUAAAAGUCGGUGUUCCAGUUAUGUUAUUGAGAAACAUUGAUCAGAAAAAUGGCUUAUGCAAUGGCACUAGACUACAAGUCAUAUCUUUGGGCAAACGAGUAAUUGAGGCAGUUAUCAUAUCUGGAAGUAAUAUUGGAAACCGAACUUUCAUUCCAAGAAUGUCUUUAACUCCUACUGAAAACAAAAUCCCAUUCAAAUUCCAAAGAAGACAAUUUCCAUUGGCUAUAUGUUUUGCAAUGACAAUUAACAAGAGCCAAGAUGCAGGAUAUCUCACGCGCAGACUUGUUGAAGUAGUUCAACACAUUGUUGUACGUCGAACAGAUUGUGGCACCGUUCGAGGUAUUUCUGUAAGUCCUCGAAAUGGAAUGAUGACGGACAGGAUUUUUAUCCAAACAUUAAUUGGCCGUGUAUUAGCAGAUGAUAUAUAUAUAGGUUCGCGAUGUAUUGCUACUAGAAAUCAAGAUAUUGGGGUUGGACUUGUCAGUAGAUUCAUAACUUUUAGAGCACAACCAAUCUCUAUUCGAACCCCCUUUACUUGUAGGAGUACAUCUUGGAUUUGUCAAUUAUGUUAUGGCCGGAGUCCAGCGCAUGACGACCUGGUCGAAUUGGGAGAAGCCGUAGGUAUUAUUGCAGGUCAAUCUAUUGGAGAACCGGGCACUCAAUUAACAUUAAGAACUUUUCAUACCGGCGGAGUAUUUACAGGGGGUACUGCAGAACAUGUGCGAGCCCCUUCUAAUGGAAAAAUAAAAUUCAACGAGGAUUUGGUUCAUCCGACACGUACACGUCAUGGACAUCCUGCUUUUCUAUGUUCUAGAGACUUGUAUGUAACUAUUGAGAGUGAAGAUAUUAUACACAAUGUGUGUAUUCCGCCCAAAAGUUUUCUUUUAGUUCAAAACGAUCAAUAUGUAGAAUCAGAACAAGUGAUUGCUGAGAUUCGCGCGAGAACCUCCACUUUGAAUUUGAAAGAGAAGGUUCGAAAACAUAUUUAUUCUGACUCAGAAGGCGAAAUGCACUGGAAUACUGAUGUGUACCAUGCACCUGAAUUUACAUAUGGUAAUAUUCAUCUCUUACCAAAAACAAGUCAUUUAUGGAUAUUAUUAGGGGAGCCCUGGAGAUACAGUCUAGGCCCUUGUUCGAUCCACAAGGAUCAAGAUCAAAUGAACGCUUAUUCUCUUUCUGUCAAGCCAAGAUAUAUUGCUAACCCCUCAGUAACUAAUAAUCAAGUGAGACACAAAUUUUUUAGUUCGUAUUUUUCUGGUAAAAAUCAAAAAGGAGAUAGGAUUCCUGAUUGUUCAGAACUGAAUCGAAUGACAUGUACGGAUCAUUCUAAUCUCAGAUAUCCGGCCAUUCUCGACGGUAAUUCUGAUUUAUUGGCAAAGAGGCGAAGAAAUAGAUUCAUCAUCCCACUCGAAUCGAUUCAAGAAGGCGAGAACCAACUAAUACCUUCUUCAGGUAUCUCAAUGGAAAUACCCAGAAAUGGUAUUCUCCGUAGAAAUAGUAUUCUUGCUUAUUUCGAUGAUCCUCGAUAUAUAAGAAAGAGCUCGGGACUUACUAAAUAUGAGACUCGAGAACUAAAUUCAAUCGUCAACGAAGAGAAUUUGAUUGAGUAUCGAGGAGUCAAGGUAUUUUGGCCAAAAUACCAAAAGGAAGUAAAUCCAUUUUUUUUUAUUCCCGUGGAAGUCCACAUUUUGUCCGAAUCUUCUUCCAUAAUGGUACGGCACAAUAGUAUUAUUGGGGCAGAUACACAAAUCACUUUCAAUAGAAGAAGUCGGGUAGGCGGAUUGGUCCGAGUGAAGAAAAAAGCAGAAAAAAUGAAACUGAUAAUCUUUUCUGGAGAUAUCCAUUUUCCUGGAAAGACAAAUAAGGCAUUCCGAUUGAUACCGCCAGGAGGGGGAAAACCAAAUUCCAAAGAAUACAAAAAAUUGAAAAAUUGGCUCUAUAUCCAACGAAUGAAACUUUCCAGGUAUGAAAAAAAGUAUUUUGUUUUGGUUCAACCUGUAGUCCCAUAUAAAAAAACGGAUGGUAUAAAUUUAGGAAGACUUUUCCCGCCGGAUCUCUUGCAGGAAAGUGAUAAUCUACAACUUCGAGUUGUCAAUUAUAUCCUUUAUUACGACCCAAUUCUUGAAAUUUGGGACACAAGUAUUCAAUUAGUUCGGACUUCUUUAGUGUUGAAUUGGGACCAAGACAAAAAAAUCGAAAAGGCCUGUGCUUCCUUUGUUGAAAUAAGGACAAAUGGUUUGCUUAGAUAUUUUCUAAGAAUCGACUUAGCUAAGUCACCUAUUUCUUAUACCGGAAAAAGGAACGAUCUGUCGGGUUCAGGAUUGAUCUCUGAGAAUGGAUCAGAUCGCGCUAAUGUCAAUCCAUUUUCUUCCAUUUAUUCCUAUUCCAAGUCAAGGAUUAAAGAAUCCCUUAAUCCAAAUCAAGGAACUAUCCAUACGUUGUUGAAUCGAAAUAAGGAAUCUCAAUCUUUGAUAAUUUUGUCAUCAUCCAAUUGUUUUCGAAUAGGCCCAUUCAACGAUGUAAAAUCUCCCAAUGUGAUAAAAGAAUCAAUCAAAAAGAACCCCCUAAUUCCAAUUAGGAAUUCGUUGGGCCCGUUAGGAACAGGUUUUCCAAUUUAUAAUUUUGAUUUAUUUUCCCAUUUAAUAACCCAUAAUCAGAUCUUGGUAACUAACUAUUUGCAACUUGACAAUUUCAAACAGAUUUUUCAAAUACUUAAAUAUUAUUUACUGGAUGAAAAUGGUCAAAUUUAUAAUCCCUAUUCAUGCAGUAACAUCAUUUUGAAUCCAUUCCAUUUGAAUUGGUAUUUUCUCCAUUACAAUUAUUGUGAAGAGACAUCUCCAAUCGUUAGUCUUGGGCAGUUUCUUUGUGAAAAUGUAUGUAUAGCAAAAAAAGGACCGCAUUUAAAAUCGGGUCAAGUUCUAAUUGUUCAAGUUGACUCUGUGGUAAUACGAUCAGCUAAGCCUUAUUUGGCUACUCCAGGAGCAACUGUUCAUGGACAUUAUGGGGAAAUCCUUUACGAAGGCGAUACAUUAGUUACAUUUAUAUAUGAAAAAUCAAGAUCUGGUGAUAUAACGCAAGGUCUUCCAAAAGUGGAACAGGUGUUAGAAGUGCGUUCGAUUGAUUCAAUAUCGAUGAAUCUCGAAAAGAGGAUUGAGGGUUGGAACAAAUCUAUAACAAGAAUUCUUGGAAUUCCUUGGGCAUUCUUGAUUGGUGCUGAACUAACUAUAGUGCAAAGUCGUAUCUCUUUGGUUAAUAAGGUCCAAAAGGUUUAUCGCUCCCAGGGGGUGCAGAUACAUAAUAGGCAUAUAGAAAUUAUUGUACGUCAAAUAACAUCAAAAGUUUUGGUUUCAGAAGAUGAAAUGUCUAAUGUUUUUUCGCCCGGAGAACUAAUUGGAUUGUUGCGAGCGGAACGAAUGGGACGCGCUUUGGAAGAAGCGAUCUGUUACCAAGCCGUCUUAUUGGGAAUAACAAGAGCAUCUAUGAAUACUCAAAGUUUCAUAUCCGAAGCUAGUUUUCAAGAAACUGCUAGAGUUUUAGCAAAAGCAGCUCUCCUGGGCCGUAUCGAUUGGUUGAAAGGCCUGAAAGAAAACGUUGUUCUGGGGGGGAUGAUACCUGUUGGUAGCGGCUUCAAAACACCUUCAAGCGAACCUAACAACAUUCCUAACAACAUUGCCUUUGAACUCCAAAAAAAGAAUCUAUUAGAGGGGGAAAUGAAAGAUAUUUUGUUCUACCACAGAAAAUUAUUUGAUUCUUGCCUUUCAAAUAAUUUCCAUGAUACACAAGAACAAUCAUUUUUUUAGGA